GAUACGUAGCCUACUGCAGAAGUAUGGUAGACGAUGCAGCGUAAGCACCACACCACCGGUAUUCCACUGGAAUAUCUGCUCGCCAGCGCCACGACCAAACCGAUGUUCUUUUCUCUCUACGGACUUUUUCUGUAGAAACUUAGGCUAUAGCCUACAUAUGGAGAGUUGUGCAGUUCUGCGUCAAAGAGAAGCCAAAAACGCGGAGGAGAAAUUGAUUUGUUUGGAUGUGGAUUUUAUUUUGCGUAUUCUUUCCUUUGUCUCAUAUUACCGAACCUGACUGUUGAGGGAGUGAACGGAGCAGAACGUGCGAGUUCCGCAAUAAACUGACAGCAUCAUAUCAUAUGUCUUGAUUUUUAGAUGCUUUUGUAAGAAAUCUAAAGGAAAAAAAACGCCAAAGAGUAAGGUACAAGUAGCAUUUUUUGGGAUGUGGAAUAAUUUGUAACUAACCAAAACGUGUCAACAACAAAACCCGAGAUAACGGAAAAGCGAAGGCUACCGUAGCUUAUCUAUCGUUAGUUUACGCUACUGCGGAGGGAACUGUCAGAGUACGGUAUUGUAUUAUCACCACAGCUACUGAACAGAGGAAGAUAGAGCUCUGGAAAAAACUAAGGCGGCCAAAGGCUUUGCAUACACCGUCUAUUUCUUCUGUCACUCAACAUCAACCAGCAACUCAGCGGCCUUGCUGACACUGGCAGGCCCAAUCAGAGCCAUGGGUGGGGCUAAGGUCCUGCUGUUGGUUCUUCUGAUUGGUUGGGAGAAGUCGUUAUGUCUCAACUGGAACCCAGUGCCACGGAAGACUGUUCGAUACCAUGAGGUGCUGGACAGCAUGGCUAAGUUCCGAGCUCUUGGCGUGUCCAACUAUACCAUGGUAACCCUAGCGGAACAUGAGAGGGUUCUAUAUGUGGGAGCUAGAGAAGCCCUGUUCGCCCUGGACCCUAAUGACAUCAGCAGACAGCUACGACCUCAGAUCGAAUGGCCAGCGCCGCAGGAUAAGAAGAGGGAGUGUUCCGCCAAGGGCAAGAACAACCAGACGGAGUGCUUCAACUACAUCCGCUUCCUGCAGAGCUACAACCACACCCACCUCUACACCUGUGGAACCUACGCCUUCCAGCCCAAGUGCACCUACAUCAAUGCAGACCACUUCAGUCUCAACCCUGGCUCCUUGGAGGAUGGGAAGGGCAAGUGUCCAUACGACCCCGCCAAAGGUCACACCGGCCUCAUAGUGGACAAGGAGCUUUACUCAGCUACACUGAACAACUUCCUGGGCACUGAGCCAGUGAUCCUGAGGAACCUGGGACAGCAACACUACAGCAUGAAGAGUGAAUACCUGCCAUCCUGGCUCAAUGAGCCUGACUUUGUGGGCUCGGCCUGGGUAAGGGAGAGCAUUGGCAACAACGAAGGAGACGAUGAUAAGAUCUACUUCUUCUUCAGUGAGAGGGCUGAGGAGCUGGACUGCGAUGCGGAGCUCACCGUGGCCAGGGUGGCCCGCGUCUGCAAGGGUGAUCUGGGGGGCACCAGGACCCUGCAGAAGAAGUGGACCACCUUCCAGAAGGCCAGGCUGGUGUGUUCUCUACCGGAGCGCCACGUCACCUUCAACAACCUGCGGGCAGUCUUUACCCUGCCUGGACCUGACUGGCGCACCACCACCUUCUAUGGCAUCUUCCAUGCCCAGUGGGGGGAUGUGGACGUGUCCGCUGUGUGCCAGUACAAGAUAGUCGAGGUGAAGAAGGUGUUUGAUGGCCUUUAUAAGGAGUACAGGGAUUCCUCUCAGAGAUGGGGACGAUACACUGGCCCUGUCCCCAGUCCACGGCCGGGAGCGUGCAUUACAAGCUGGCACAGGGAGAACGGCUUCAAUAGUUCUCUUCAGCUGCCAGACGCCACCCUCAACUUUGCCAAGAAGCACCCUCUGAUGGAUGAGAAGGCGGAGGCCCGCCCCCUACUGCUCACUAAGGGCAUUAAUUUCACCCGCCUGGCGGUGGACCGGGUCAGCGCUCUAGACCAGCGGGCAUACAACAUGCUCUUCAUAGGAACAGCGGAUGGCUGGUUACAGAGAGUAGUGAUCCUGGGCGUGGAGGCCCAUGUGAUUGAAGAGAUACAGUUGUUUGAUUCUGCCCAGCCUGUGGACAGCCUGACCAUCUCUCACACCAAGAAGUACUUGUACAUUGGCUCUCGUUCAGAGGUGCUUCAGCUGCCCUUGGCUAACUGCAGCCGCUAUCAGUCGCAGCCAGACUGCCUGCUGUCCCGGGACCCCUACUGCGCCUGGGACAGCGAGGGACGCGCCUGUGUCCGCAUCGACCUCCACCGCGGGUCCACCUCCUCGCUAUCCCAGGAUCUGAAUCUGGAGAGAUUCAACAGGGGCAAAGCCAAGUUUGACAAGCCUGUGGCCAUCCCCAGCCCUGACCACUCUCGCCUGAGGAACGUGACUGUGGUGGUGGAUUCAGACAUGGUUCUGCCUUGCCACCUCGUGUCCAACCUGGCCCAACCCUCAUGGGUCUUGAACGACCGGGAGCUGUUGCUGGGAGACGAGGAGGCCGGCCGGCCACGCUUUGACCGGGCCCUGAAGGCUUUGGUGGUUCACAACGUGAUGGCGGCGCAUGCAGGACGCUACAUAUGCUACUCGGAGGAGCAGGGGGUCAAGUUCCAGACGGAGCGCUACCACGUGUCUGUGGUGGCUAGCUCUCCCGUGGUGAUGGCGGCCCGGGCCCCUGACGGCAGCAUGGGUCUGUUCUGGGUCCUGGUGAUCACCCUGGGAGCCGCCUGUUUACUGCUAUUGGUGGCAGCUCUUUAUCUCCGGAGGCGUCUGAAGCUGGCCCUCGGUAAAGGGGCGGACAUGAAGCCCCUGGAGAGCACCCUGGUCUACCCCAUCACCCUGCCCAAGGAGCCACCCACCUUUGUGCCCAGCAAAAUGCCCAGUGACGAAGACCGCUUCUGGGAGACGGGCGCCAACUACUACUACUCAGACGGCUCGCUGAAGAUCGUUCCCGGCCACGCCCUGUGCCCCAGCAGCCAGCCUCACCACCACGCACCAACGGCGUCUCCCAGCGCCAUCCCUGGCCAGCCCAUCCACUCCCCCAGCCGGCUCAGCCUUACCAACAUCAGAGGCUCUGGGAGCAACGGCUACAUCCGCCUCAACCUGAGCUCGGCUGGGGAAGAGAGGGUUAGCGGGGGUGGUUCUGGUGGAGGAGGCCUGGGGCUAGGGCUGGGCGGGGGCGGGAACGACUACUCCAGCCCCUUCAAGGAGGAGCUGCGUCGGACCCUGCAGCAAAGGAGUGUGCUGCCUGACGCCAACCCUGAAGAGUCGUCUGUGUAGCAGCAGUCGUCUUUUUCCGCUCCCAUAGUGAUGAAAAACAUACAGACAAACGAACGGCAACUAACCUACCUCGCUCCUUUAGAGGACACCUCUCUUUCUCGAAUCCACUCUCAGCCCGUGCUCUCGCUCUCUCUUUCUGCCAAUGUUUGUUUGGCUUACCGCGUGACUGGCGGGAGACGUUUUUAGCACAGAGCAUGUGAUGUGACACAAACGCCGCUCGUUCUUCAGCAUCCGCUCGUGUUGUUACUGCCACACUGACUGGCAUACUGCAGUUUCUUCAGCAGUUUAACUUGCUUUCAAUCUGCUAAUCUGAAUCUGUGUACAUUCUGUAUUUAAAGACCAUUGAACACAGAGGGCCCACACCUGAAGCAUAGCAAUCAAAACAAAUGGACAACACUCCUUCAUGAUAAGAGAGGACAAAGAACACAUGAUGUGGUUUCGGCUUCAGUGCUAAACCUAGAAUACAAGCAGACUGAAAGAUGGAGAAGCUGGCUUGCCUUUUUUCUGUUAUGUCGAAAAUGUUUUCGCUUGCUGCACUUAAUGUGGGAGUAUGGAAGUCGAUUUUGUAUUUCUGAGCAAAGAGAGUCAGUGACAAAAUACAAAUAUUAGUCUCAAAAGCAAGAUGACAAUCAUGUUCCUCUCUCAGGGUGUAAAACCUAGAGACAGGAGGAAGAGAGAGAAGAUAAAGCGAGCUCUGCAUGAACCACAGGGCUUUUUCAUGAAGGACAAACUCUCAAUUAGACUGUCUCUGCUCGAUUUGUACUUUUUUCACGUUGUCUGUCUUUUCCCUGAGAAAGACUUUACUCUGCCACAUUGAAAUAUUGUGACAAUUUAAAUUAAGACAUUUCUGUGUUUUUUUCUAUGUCUUACGGACUACAGAAGUGACAAAAUGGAGACCAAUGGCUUUAAAGCACCCUUCUGUGAAAGAGAAUGUGUGGGAAGCUCUCACAAACCUCUCCUAUCCCUGCACAAACUUAAUAUCGCCCCAAAUAAAUUCCACAUGAGUAAAUUCAUUUUAGGAUAAGUACACUACACAUUUAAGUGGUUAAUGGGAAUUUUAGCUCAACUCAUUCUGAUUCUUAUACACCUCCGUGUAAUGUGUUUACGGACAUUAUCCAGCAAAAUAACAAUGCCACACCUACUUAUUAUUCCAAAUGUGAGAUGAGACGAAGGCAUUGUAAUCUGUCAUGUAUUAGAGAUGGCUUGGGGGAAUGUAGGCAAACUCACUAAACUGUUGCGACUACAGUAGAUGUUUCAACAAGUGCUUUAUAUAGUAGGUUUGUGUAGGGUUGGGGAAACCUGCUAUGUACUGGGGUGUCCUGGUGCAGACGGGCCUCAACACUGUACCUGGAAAUGUUUUUUAGGGUCUGUUUGACCUAAGCCCCCCCCCCCCCCCCCCCACA